CCCCUUUCUCCCGAGCAAAUGAUUGAUAAGUCCAAAGACGACGGAGUCCUUGAGGAAUCCUUAACGGCAUCAUCCUUUUUCUGUUCCCCUCUCUCUCACACACCCUCUACAUUUCCGGAGGAGCGAACCAAACAGCCAGCCAGAUGGGCGGCACCUUUACAGCGGCGCCCGCCCUUGUGGCGCCGCUCUUCGUCUUGCUUGGCCUCUUGGGAGCGGCAAUUGCCAAUGUGGGCGACUCCUGCUCGACGGGCGCGGACUGCGGCGCGGGGCAGUGGUGCUUCAACUGUGAGCCGGAGCUCUCCGGCUCCCACUGCGUCCGCUCCGCCGCCACCAACACCUUCCAGUUCAUUAACAACUCCUUGCCAUUCAACAAGUAUGCCUACCUGACGACGCACAAUUCCUACGCAAUAGUCGGGGAGCCUUCGCACACCGGAAUCCCACGCAUCACCUUUGACAACCAGGAGGAUACAGUCACUGAUCAAUUAAAUAAUGGUGUUCGCGCGCUGAUGCUCGACACAUAUGACUUCAAAGGAGAUGUAUGGUUAUGCCAUUCAAGUGGAGGAAAGUGCAAUGAUUUCACUGCAUUUGAACUGGCACUGGACACAUUCAAGGAAAUUGAGGCAUUUCUUUCAGCCAAUCCAUCUGAAAUCGUCACUAUAAUCCUGGAAGACUAUGUUCACACGCCGAAUGGACUAACAAAUGUGUUCAACGCCUCUGGCCUGUUGAAGUACUGGUUCCCAGUGUCAAAAAUGCCACAGAAUGGUCAGGACUGGCCUCUUAUCAGCGACAUGGUUGCAAGCAACCAACGCCUCCUGGUGUUCACCUCCAUCAGCUCAAAGCAGAGGACUGAAGGAAUUGCUUACCAGUGGAACUUCAUGGUUGAGAACAAUUAUGGUGAUGAUGGAAUGGAUGCCGGGAAGUGCUCGAACCGUGCUGAAUCUGCGCCUCUCAACGACAAGACCAAAUCGCUGGUCCUCACGAACUACUUCCCAUCGGUCCCUGUGAAGCUGACAGCGUGUCUGCAGCAUUCCCAGAGUCUUAUUGAUAUGGUGAAUACAUGCUAUGGUGCAGCGGGGAAUCGAUGGGCUAAUUUUCUCGCUAUCGAUUACUACAAGAGAAGCGAUGGAGGUGGCGUGUUCCAGGCCAUGGACUUGCUCAACGGUAGGCUGUUGUGCGGGUGUCAGGACGUCAAGGCAUGCUCGCAAGGUUCUGGUGCAGUAUGCUCUUCAUGAGUCCACAAGAAAUACUCUUUUAUUGGAAUUAAUGGUAGAUACAUACAUACAAUCAUACAGAGUACAGACAUAAAACAACUUGGCAUGAUCAUGAGGAAGCGUCUUAUGCAUGAGCUUCUUGCUGUUGUACAUCCUCCUUUUGUGGUUGUCUGAUUUAAGCCUCAACCCUGAACAAAAUGUUGCGGUGGUUGUGAUGCAGAUGAUUUUAGACAUAAAUCAGAACGAGAUUACCUGAGACUCAGAUUGAUGCAACAAUACAAUUAUGAAAGUA